UCGCUUUCCUCAGGUCUCAAACCAUAGUAGGUGUCGAGCGCCCCCUCUGGGUGAAGCUCGGUAAUGAGCAAAUAAAUAGUGUGGCUGAGGCUCGAACCCAGUGCCUCGUGCAUGCUAGGUGAGCGCUCUACCACUGAACCCCAGCCCCAGCCCCCAGAGUGUGGUUUUCAAAACUCCUCUCCUUCAAGUACCUAUCGGUCUUAUUUUUCAAGUGAUAAAGCUGCCGAAAGUGCACUGGACCGUGGGAUCAGGACACGUUCAUGAAGGGUCGUGGGGUGCCUGUCGCCGCCUCCUCACACCCGGGUCGUGGAAGGGUCGAGUUUUGGUGCGCAAGCUCCCGGCUGAACUGAACUACGGCGUCCGGGCUGGGCCGCGGAGUUCCGCGGAAAUCCUUCCCCUUCAGCCAAUCACUGCUUGAGGCCCUCCCGCGUUGCCGGAAAGAGCUGUAGCCCCGAGCAACUACGACGUCUGGCUUUCUGAAUUUGGCGGCGGGAAAGGCCAUGAGUAAAUCCCGGGCAGAAGCUGCGGCGGGAGCCCCAGGCCUCCUCCUGAAGUACCUGCAGGAGCAGAACCGGCCCUAUAGCGCCCAGGAUGUAUUCGGGAACCUGCAGAAGGAACACGGUCUGGGCAAGGCGGCGGUGGUGAAGGCGCUGGAGCAUUUGGCCCAACAAGGCAAGAUCAAAGAGAAGAUGUACGGCAAGCAGAAGAUCUAUUUUGCGGAUCAGAACCAGUUUGAAAUGGUGAGUGAUUCUGACCUUCACAGCCUGGAUGCCAAAAUCGUGGCCCUCACUGCCAAGGUGCAGAGCUUGCAGCAGAGUUGCCGCCACAUGGAGGCUGAGCUGAAGGAGUUAACUAGUGCCCUGACUACUCCGGAGAUGCAGAAAGAGAUCCAGGAGUUAAAGAAGGAAUGUGCUGGCUACCUAGAGAGAUUGAAGAACAUCAAAGCUGCCACCAACCAUGUCACUCCAGAGGAGAAAGAGCAGGUAUACAGAGAGAGGCAGAAAUACUGUAAGGAGUGGAGGAAGCGGAAGAGAAUGGCAACAGAGCUAUCCGAUGCAAUCCUUGAAGGCUACCCUAAGAGCAAGAAGCAAUUCUUUGAGGAAGUUGGGAUAGAGACAGAUGAAGAUUAUAAAGUCACACUCCCAGAUCCCUGAGGGGGCCCUCUGUGAAAACUUGAGGAUGGAAACAGAGAUGCUAGGACUGGCCACUUUUGUUUAGAAUGGCUUUUUUUUGUUGGUUCCUGCUGCUCUUCACCUUGGAGAAUAGUGAGAAGAGAAGGCACUAGCCCAGUGCAUUGGGAAGAGGGAGGGCUGGUGGCCAGGAAAGGAUGGUCACACUCAUUUCAUUUUCCACAUUUUAACAACUUGGACUUAACAUGCACGCUUAGAAUGAAGCUAAAAAGAAAGCAUUUUAUAAUAUUUAUUGUGAUAUAAUUUGAUAUAAAAAUAUUUAAUGUCCUCUGAAUAUUCAAACCUCCCAGACAUCAAACCUGAAGAAAGCAGCAGGGAGUUUGGGAAAUAAGGUACAGAGAGGCUGCUAUACCUCAGCAUUUGAGGAGCCUAAGACAUCCCCCAGUACUUUCAUCCCAGGACACAUUUUGAUUAUUUCCUGUACCCAUUCCCCCCCACUCCUAAGUCCUGGGAGAAGUGCAGACAGCACUGGGUGAUGAUAGAGAGACUGGACAGAAAGACUGAGGUGGUUUUGAGGCCCAGAAAAUUUUCCAAGAUUGUAACUGUAGUGAAGUUGCAUUGUUGAUAUUUAGAAAAAUAAAAAAUUUCAAGUUUGUA